AGUUCAGUGCGGUGCUGUAGCUGAGUGGAUGAGGCAGCAGCAUCAGCACCACUAGCUGUAGCAUCCUUUCCUUUUGUGGAGGCUGGGGCGGGGGAUAGGGGGAGCUGUCUUGUAGCUGCUGCAGGAUCAACAUUAUCUGCAUACACAGAAACAUAUCCGGUCACCUCGUCACACACACCCAUGCCGUGGCGGCCAGAGACAAGGAGGUGGUGGUAAGUGACGGGGUAAGCUCGGGGGACAGGAGGAAACGGGGACGGCUGGAGGGAUCCCAAACGUGAGGAGGGCUGGAGCGACGGUGACUGGAGCAGAAGCAGCAGCAGCGGCAGCAGUAGCAGCGGCACCAUGGCGCAAGCUGCCAAGCAGCUCCGCAAGACCAAGGACCUCGCAGAGGCCGCCGCCCAGGAGCAGCGGGAGAAGGAGGAGGAGAAGAUCAAAAAGAGGAAUCGAUCCAGAGACCGUAGACGCAAGGCGGAUGCAGCCACCAGCUUCCUACGUGCAGCUCGAUCAGGGAAUCUGGACAAGGCCCUGGAUCACAUCAAGAACGGGAUAAACAUCAACAUCGCUAAUCAAAAUGGUCUUAAUGGGUUACACCUGGCCUCUAAAGAGGGCCAUGUCAAAAUGGUUUUGGAGCUGCUGCACUCUGGCAUUGAACUGGAAGCAACCACCAAGAAAGGGAACACUGCUCUCCAUAUCGCAGCUCUGGCAGGGCAGGAGAAAGUGGUGGCUGAGCUCGUCAACUACGGUGCCAAUGUUAAUGCUCAGUCACAUAAAGGCUUCAGUCCGCUCUACAUGGCUGCACAGGAGAAUCAUUUAGAGGUGGUCAAGUUUCUGCUUGAGAACGGUGCAAAUCAGAGUCUCCCAACUGAGGAUGGCUUCACGCCCCUCGCGGUGGCCCUCCAGCAGGGCCAUGAAAACGUCGUGGCGCUGCUCAUCAACUACGGCACGAAGGGGAAGGUCCGCCUUCCAGCACUUCACAUAGCUGCACGAAACGACGACACUCGCACCGCCGCUGUCCUCCUGCAAAAUGAUCCCAACCCCGAUGUACUUAGCAAGACUGGUUUCACGCCGCUACAUAUCGCAGCUCACUAUGAAAACAUGAGUGUAGCGCAGCUGCUGCUAAACAGAGGAGCAAAUGUAAACUUCACCCCCAAGAAUGGAAUCACACCUCUUCAUAUAGCCUCCAGGAGGGGCAACAUGAUGAUGGUCAAAUUGCUACUGGACAGAGGAGCUCAGAUCGAUGCCAAAACAAAGGAUGAGCUGACUCCUCUUCAUUGUGCAGCCCGGAACGGUCAUGUUCGCGUUAUUGAAAUCCUCCUGGAACACGGUGCUCCCAUCCAGGCUAAAACUAAGAAUGGUUUGUCCCCAAUUCACAUGGCAGCUCAGGGGGAUCACAUGGACUGCGUCAGGCAGCUACUGCAAUACAAUGCUGAGAUUGACGAUAUCACACUGGACCAUCUAACCCCGCUUCAUGUAGCAGCCCACUGCGGUCACCAUCGCAUGGCCAAAGUCCUUCUGGACAAAGGAGCCAAAGCUAAUGCUCGUGCUCUUAAUGGCUUCACACCUCUUCAUAUUGCUUGCAAGAAGAACCACAUGAGGUCAAUGGACCUGCUGUUAAAGCACUCUGCUUCCUUGGAAGCUGUCACAGAGUCUGGUCUCACUCCUCUUCAUGUAGCAUCCUUCAUGGGCCAUCUAAACAUAGUAAAGAACCUGCUCCAAAGAGGGGCUUCACCUAAUGCUUCCAAUGUGAAAGUGGAGACCCCCCUCCAUAUGGCCUCCAGAGCAGGACACUGUGAAGUGGCUCAGUUCCUCCUACAGAAUGCAGCACAAGUGGAUGCAAAGGCAAAGGAUGACCAGACACCCCUACACUGUGCGGCUCGUAUGGGCCACAAGGAAUUGGUCAAGCUGCUCCUAGAGCACAAGGCUAACCCUGACUCAGCGACGACUGCAGGUCACACGCCCUUACACAUCGCUGCACGUGAAGGACACGUCCACACCAUACGGAUAUUAUUAGACGCAGGAGCUCAACAAGUGAAGAUGACAAAGAAAGGCUUCACUCCUCUCCAUGUAGCUUCGAAAUAUGGAAAAGUGGAUGUAGCAGAGCUUCUUCUGGAAAGAGGCGCCAAUCCAAAUGCAGCAGGGAAAAACGGUCUGACACCCCUUCAUGUGGCCGUGCAUCACAACAACCUGGAUGUUGUUAAACUUCUGGUCAGCAAGGGAGGAUCUGCACACAGCACUGCCCGAAACGGUUACACUCCUCUGCACAUAGCUGCCAAGCAGAACCAGGUGGAGGUGGCCAGUGUUCUGCUUCAGAACGGAGCGUCCCCAAAUGCAGAGUCCCUCCAAGGCAUCACACCCUUGCACCUGGCUUCACAGGAGGGGCGGCCCGAUAUGGUGGCUCUGCUCAUCUCCAAACAGGCAAAUGUAAACCUAGGAAACAAGAAUGGACUGACUUCUUUGCAUCUCGUAGCUCAGGAGGGUCAUGUGGGGAUCGCAGACACUUUGGUCAAGCAGGGCGCAUCCGUUUAUGCUGCUUCACGGAUGGGCUAUACCCCACUCCAUGUGGCCUGUCACUAUGGAAACAUAAAGAUGGUGAAGUUUCUUCUGCAGCAGCAGGCUCAUGUGAAUGCCAAAACAAGGAUGGGCUACACCCCCCUGCACCAAGCAGCUCAACAGGGCCACACUGACAUUGUGACUUUACUACUAAAACAUGGAGCCAUGCCUAAUGAGAUCACAUCAAAUGGAACAUCUCCUCUUGGCAUCGCUAAGCGAUUGGGUUAUAUUUCUGUCAUCGAUGUGCUAAAGCUGGUUACAGAGGAAUCUGUUUCUGCUAUGACCACAGAGAAGCAUCGGAUGAGCUUUCCUGAGACAGUAGAUGAGAUUUUGGAUGUUUCUGAAGAUGAAGGAGUUUGCCAGCUAACUUUAGGAGAUGAAUUGCUCGGGCUGGACGGAGCACGCUAUUUGAAACUUGAUGACUUCAAAGACCAGGAUGAUGACUUUCUCUCCCCAAAGAAAACCCUCAGAGAUUUUGAGGCUGGGACUGGAACCACGCCAUACUCCCCUGCCAUUCCCAGGAUUCCUUGUGUGUCCCCGGAGACAGUGCAGCUCGACCAGCAUACACCCAUCCCUUUACCAAAAGAGUAUGAUGAGGAUUCUCUUAUCCCGAGUAGUCCGGCCACAGAGACCUCAGACAAUGUCAGCCCUGUGGCCAGCCCCAUUCACACAGGGUUCCUGGUGAGUUUCAUGGUGGAUGCACGUGGAGGCUCUAUGCGAGGAAGCAGACACCACGGCUUGCGGGUGAUCAUCCCUCCCCGCACCUGCGCCGCACCGACACGCAUCACCUGCCGUCUUGUGAAACCCCAGAAACUGACGACACCUCCUCCACUGGUGGAGGGAGAGGGCUUGGCUAGUCGCAUCAUCUCCCUGGGACCCUCCAGUAUGCAGUUUCUGGGGCCUGUCAUAGUGGAAAUCCCCCACUUUGCCUCAUUGGCCCGUGGGGACCGGGAGCUUGUGGUCCUACGAAGUGAAAACGGCUCCGUUUGGAAAGAGCAUCGCAAUCGCUAUGGAGAUGAAGUGCUAGAAACCAUUUUGAAUGGCAUGGAUGAAGACUUGGAAAGUCAAGAGGAGCUGGAGAAGAAGAGGAUACGUCGAAUCAUCUCCACCGACUUCCCCCUCUACUUUGCUGUAGUCUCUCGCAUUCAGCAGGAAAGUGAUCUUAUCGGCCCUGAAGGUGGCCGGCUCACCAGCAAGCUGGUGCCCCACGUGGAAGCAAUCUUCCCUGAGACGGCUGUUACCAAGAGAGUGAGGCUGGGAUUGCAGGCACAACCAAUCCCUGAUGAACUGCUAACGAGGCAGCUGGGAAACCAGGCAACCUUCAGCCCGGUGGUUACAAUCGAACCCCGGCGGCGCAAGUUCCACCGCCCAAUUGGUCUGCGCAUUCCUUUACCUCCGUCCUGGAGGGAAAGUCCACGUGAUGCGGGGGAGGGGGACACCACCAGCUUGCGCCUUCUCUGCAGUGUUAUAGGUGGAACAGCUCCAGCUCAGUGGGAGGACAUUACUGGAACCACCAAGCUGAUGUAUGCGAGUAGCUGUGCCAGUUUCACCACCAACGUGUCUGCAAGAUUCUGGCUGGCAGACUGUCCGCGUACAGCAGAGGCAGUGACCUUUGCCAACUUGUUGUACAAGGAGCUCAUGGCAGUCCCAUACAUGGCCAAAUUUGUCAUUUUUGCGAAGAUGAAUGAAGCUCGGGAAGGUCGAUUGCGUUGCUACUGCAUGACAGAUGAUAAGAUGGACAAGACUCUGGAACUGCACGAAAACUUCUCUGAGGUGGCCCGAAGUCGAGAUAUCGAGCUUAUGGAGGGUAUGCCGCUGCACCUGGAGUGUUCUGGGAAUUUAGUGCCCAUCCGGAAGGCCACUCAGCAGCCUCGCAGCUUCAGCUUCCAGGCCUUCAGAGACAACAGACUGCCUGUUUCUGUCAAGGUCAGAGAUAGCAACAAGGAAGCCACUGGGUUUCUGUCUUUUCUGAGGAAAUGCACAAAGUACGAGGACUCGCAACACGUCUUGUGUAACCUUAAUAUAACUAUGCCACCUUGUGUCAAGGUUGCUGGGAGCGAGGAACGCAGGCGAACUUUAACCCCUCUGGCCCUGAGAGAGCGCUACAGUGCACUGAACGAGCCUGGUGUGGCUUCAGUGAACGCCAUGGAGAGAACUGAGAUCAAAAUCAACAUCAUAUCUGAUCAGCUAGGCUUAAGCUGGGCAGAGUUGGCGCGAGAGCUUCAGUUUAGUGUUGACGACAUCAACAGGAUCCGCGUAGAAAAUCCAAAUUCCCUUUUGGACCAGAGCUCCGCCCUUCUCAACCUGUGGCUCAGCAGAGAGGGCAAAAGGGCCAAAAUGGAGAGCUUGUACACUGCUCUGAAGAACAUUGACCGUGCAGAUAUUGUGUCUUCACUUGAGGGCCAGGCCCCGCAACAGGGGCCCGGGUUGUCAGAAGAGGGGGCCUGUCGUCUGGCUGACAGAGAUUCUACAUUGUUGUCUCCCAGUGUCAUUAAUGAGAUGACGGACACAAGGCCUUCACGCAUAGUGCACAAGCCAAGAGUUAUUAGACCCCCGUUUUUCAGAAGGGGUUAUGGGUUGGUGCAGGAGGAGCUUGUGUCCCCAGCCUCCAUGCAGUACAGCUUGCCCUCUCCAUUGGGUGUGGAGCCGUACUGGCAGGAAGUUUCCAGCCUGGAGUGUGCGCCCAUUGCCACCACGGAGGAAGACACACUAAUGGAGAUGUCGGAUGUUCAGGUGUGGCCGGCAGGGGUUAGCCCCUCGCUGGUCACAGUUGAGGACUCAUCGCUAGAUGGUAGCAGUCGAGCAGAUGACUCUGAGGGUGCGACGCUUUCCUUGCCCUGCAGCUUGGGCCGUCCAAGCAGCGGAGCCAGUGGGGCCAGUGGUUCCAUCAUGGAGCUGGAGGAAGAGGAGGAGGAGGAGGAGGGGGAGGUAGAAGAGGAGGAAGUGCCACAAGAGCCAGCGAGUGCACUGGCAGAACUGGACAGGGUGAGGGCCAGUGGCGCUGUUCCCAAGGUCAAUCUGAACGGGCAACUGGGAGGUCAGAGGUCAGACGCAAGGAGAGGGGACGGUGUGGCUGUGGGAGGAGGAACUAAAGGAGGAGUUGGUGGUGUGGGGCUGGGCUCAGUGGAAGGGAUUUCUCUUGUUGCAGGCCAGCAGAUGUAUGCUGGUGAGAUGACUGGGCUGAGGCCACCGGAACACAAUGGGGACAACCGGAUGGUGGGAGGUGGAGCAUUUCAGCCAUACUUACCAGACAAGGACUCCCUGCAGGGCUGGGUGGGCUCGGCAUCAUCCGGACAUGAUGGAAGUGUGCCUGGCUUGCAAACAGCCCAGGAAGCCCUACUGACUCCGGAGACUGGCCAACAAGCUUGGGAGCAGGAGCAAAGGCGAGGCCAGAAAGAAGAGAAGGCAGACUUCUCUGCUGAGGGAAAAUUUGUUGAAGAACGUGGAAUUGCGCUUUCUAGAAAAGUGGGGAUGGAUGUAAGGAAGGGUGCUCAGUCAUUGCAGCGCACCAGUCUCCGGAGAGUUAAACACUGAAAUACAAAUACUGCCCGGUCCUUCAGGACCGGAAACCCACUGCCAAAACACCCACCACAAAAACACGACCGGAACGAAGAUGGAAAUGAAAAAGAAGUGGGGAGAAAGUGGAGAAAACAUACCAGGACAACCAGAAACAUCCUCAACCUGUGAUCAUGAAGCACCACAAAACAAAAGAAGACGAGAACAAAAAGAGGAGUUGAACUUGUAGUUUUCUAACAUUUGUAAAGAAAAAUAUAACUAAACAGAGGCAUGAUAAUUCAUUUUUAUACAAAAAGAAAAACAAAAAAAAACUAAUGUUCGUAAAACAACUAAGAAAAAAAGCAACAAAGUGCUUCCUGUGAACUGUAAUCGCAUGAUAACUGCUGGUGCAUGCCCUUUGACCUUUUGAACUGUCAUUAUCUACAAACUGAAGGAGUAAAAACUGAAGGUACAGAGGCCGGCCCGUGCAUGGGUCAUAGGUCUUUUUAAAGGACCUCAUCCCCACUAACUGGAGUCGUUUGUCAGCAAGUUGAGUCAGUUAACACUGCAGCCAAAAAAAAAACACUAAAAAAAAAACAUAAAGUCCCUCAAAGGAUGGCUGUAUAUGCAGCAAAGCCUCUGCUGAGCCAAUGCUUCUGUCAUCGGACCCUUUCUCCUCUUAUUCUUAAUGUGAUAUAUGCACUCUAUGCUCUGUGGACAUGUGUGUGCGUGUGUGUGUUUAAAUUGCUCUGCCGCAUGUUACCUUGCUUCGAGCUCUGCGUUGAGCCUCGCCUGCCCUCCCCUGAUUGGCUUGUUGUCUCUGUGAUGUCACGGCGUGCUCGACCUGUGCAAAGAGAAAGCCGCUGGCUCUUUCCCGCUUGUGAGUUCUCGUCUGCGUGUAUCUAUGUUUUUAUUUAGAUUUAUCCUUAAACGAGUUAACUUCCUCUUCAGUAUAUGUCCGCUUUGGUUCUCCACUUUGUUUGACUUUCGUAGAGAACUGAAUCUCUUUAAUUCCCUCAUGUCGUCAGGAGUAAUGUGUUUUAAAGACAUCGGAAUGUUUUUCUUGGAAAUGAGUUGGUUUCUUGACGGCAUUGCACAGCAGCUCUAUGAUAAAUAUCUUAACUUUUUCCUUCCUUAUGAACAUUUUUUGUUUUUUCUUGGUAGCAUAUCUCAUUUUGAGCCAUUUUUAUUGGUAGCCCUCGUUUAUAUGCAGUAAAAAUCGCAGGUCUCUUCUAUCCAUUUUACUUCUCCGCUCCAUCUUUUUUCUCUGUUUGUGUCAGCUGCGGCACCAUGCUGUCAAAUUUUUUAUUUAGCCAUUCAAUACAAAAGACAUAGAAAGAAGAAAUACUGAAGAAGUUGACUUUUAAGACAUUGUUUCGAAAAUUCCCGGCAAGAGUGAAGUAGCAGGUGACAAAGCGUAAAGCGUGGACAGAGAGGUAGCACUGUGACUGUCCGGUUAUCACUGACCCCAGACUCGUGAACUUUCUAUAUGUGGCUUGCAAAGGUAUUUAUACAUUGAGAACAUUUUCUCAUUUUAGAACAAACUUCAAUGCAUUGCAUUGAGAUUUUAUGUAUUGGUGAAACAGAAAGUAUUCCUCAAUUGUGAGGUGAAAGGAUAAGUAUAUGUUGUUGUUAAUGUUUUGUUACAAAUAAAAAGGUAUAAGGUGCAUUUUCAACAGCGACCCUGCAACUACAGGUUUCACACAUUUUGUUUUUGUAUUUGAAACUCAUUUUCUCAUUUAAAGUCAUCAUUUUUCAUUUAAAGUGCCCCCUAUGGGCUUCUUGUUGCUCCAUGCUCUUUCCAUCAACAAAUGACAAAAACAGUGCUAUAUGUGUCAGAAAACAUCCCCAAAAUAUAUACUGAAGUUUGUGGUUGUCACAUGACAAAAUGUUCUAUAUAAAUACCUUUGCAAACCUCAGUACAUUCAGAUAUAGAACAUGAAAAAGCACAUAAACAAACAAAAUAAACAUAUGGUUGAAAUAUCAGAAUGUCAGACAGCUUUGCCACAGCAAUAAUACCUAACAAAAAGAAAAGAUGGAUUGCUUGUUCAGCAAUUAUGAUCUGUGAUGUAUUUUUUUUAUUAUAGUUAUUUAUUGUUUAAAGCACUAAUGUAGAAAAUCUAAUUUUGCUUAAGUUAUUUUUAAAAAGUGUGUUUGUUGAAAUGGAGUCACCCAAAAUCAGUUUUGCUUUCACUGAUUUAUUAAGGCUAUUAGUGUUUCACACGUUUAAAAAAAAUCAAGCUCACAUUACUGAAAGUCAUGUAUCUUUCAACACUUUAUGCAGAAACCGGACAGCAGCACUAUGUAGACUUUGUAUCACAGUAGCACACAUUUCUGGAGCGUCUCUACACUAUUUUAUCCCACAAGUACUGUAACUGCUACUGUAGCCUGAAUGAGUGCAGCACAGAAUGAAUGCACAUAUUUUUCAUAUGCUCUCCAUGCAAGCAACCUUCAUCAGAUAAUAGCACAUGUUUUAUACCUUAUCACAUUUUACACUCAGGUUUUUUUUGUUCUGAAAUGUAAAAUGAAAAUGGCUUUGAAAUACGGAUCGCUCGAUGUAAAAUGAGGAUGAAUUUAGGCAGGAGAACCGGAAACGAGGAUUGUGAAUUUUGAAGUCCUUUUGAAGAGGGAAAUCUAUGUAUUUUUUUUAUUAUUAUUAUUAUUAUUUGCGGGCACUGCAUGAAACUGAAAGGUUUGUGUACAGAUGUGUGUCAGAUUCUAUUGAUUCAGAUGAGACCAAAAAGUAGUUUUUAAUGCCUCUGAAUGAGUCCUCCUAACACAUAAACAGUGUUUAUCCUACUUCAUUUUAACAGCUGACAAACAAAAACUAACCAUAAGCACAGAGAUGACUACAUUUAUUUAUUUAUUCAUAUCUUUUUAGGAUUUUUUUUAUGUUUGAAUUGAAAUCCAGCACUUUCUAAAAUUACUGGCAGUAGCAUAAUCUUACACUGAAGAUUGUAGAGAAAUCUAACUUUAGGGGAGGCAAAAUCUUGCCUCCAGAAUUAACCUGUGCCACAAUUAGUGGAACCUCUAUCAAUUAAUAUAGAAAUAAAAUAAAUUUUAAGCUAAGAACUACUUCAGUGAGUAGCAUUUUGGGGUUACUGUUUCCAUAGCAACCACUGGACUUUAUCUACAUGCUAAUGUGAGGCAUGGGGGAAGAAUAUCUUGUCAGUCCAUCUGUCACAAACUUGAACAGUUAGAGUUUGCUAAGCUCUAAUGUAACUUUAACUGAUAAAUGUAAAUGGACUGUUCUUGCAGUCAUACUGACCAAUGUUUCUCUUUUAACAGCACUUGAAAUCUUGUUAUAGUGCAUUGCAUCAUCAUCUCUCUAACUCUCUAUUAGAUUAUGCUACUGCAAUAAAGGAUUCAUUUGUUUGAAAGACUUUUAUGUAUCUUUACCCAAUGAAUGUGUAGAAUGCUCCUUGGAAACUUUGUACAAUCUCACUAAAUCUGCUUUAUCUGGAUGAAACAGAGCCCAGGUUCUCACAAUCACUCAGCUAUAUUUUAUUCACUAAUUUUCAGAGUACAAAUAAUAUCAGUCAGCACUAUGUUAGUCUGUACUCCAAUGUGAAAUAUAUUUUGUGUUGUACCUGUGUUAAAGUAGCACUACCACAAAUAUUCACUCUGUACCCCCACCAUUUAGUGCUUUUAUUGUUAAUGGUAGCUUUAAAAGUAAACCAUUUGACCUAAUACAUGACAUGAGGCACAAAGCCAAAAUUUGUAGAUCAGUUUCACAGAUUGUGUAAAAUAAUUUGUAACACUGUUUUUUUGUUAUUUCUUUUAGGAGAGUUGAUACAUUUGAGAAGGUUGACAGCUGUAAAGUUCCCAAACUGGAGUUCAUGACCCUUCUGUGGGUGAUGAAAGACCAUGCGGUGGGCUCUCAAUAGAAUCUCCAAACAUCAACUUAAUUUUAAAAAGGAAUGAGCUCAGCUUAUUUUUGAAAUACUUAAAUAAAAACAGUACUCAACUUGAGGCUAGCGUAUCUAUCAUUACCCAUGCCAGCCCCUAAGAGGUAAAAGGAUACCAUUGUGCUUAAUAACCUGUAAGGUUUCACUAUAUUCAGCAAAACUAAAAUCUCAAAGAUGUAUGCAUUUGAUAUUACAUUAUUUUUGUGUUGCAUACAAACAGAUUUUUCCUUCACAUUCAGUGGCAGUUCUGGGAUGGGUUUCAAUCUGCAGCCAACAAACAUGCAAAUCAUUGAUACACGCUCUUCAUUUGAUUUUUUCUUUUCAGAGAGCUUGUGGCGCCCAUAUUAAGAACCACCACUCCUCAAAUUUCUUAUACUGCUCACUUAUAAGAAAAUAAGUUAAACAUUUUUCUUGUUCUCUAAAUUUGUUUCAUCUUUGAGAAGAACUCUCUUGUACUAUGGUAAGCGUCCCUGCCACCAUGUUUGUGUGUUUGGUGUGAAAGUGUGAGCAUGACAACACUUGAAUCCAAACCUUGUCGAAUCAGAAGACGAAAGAAGACAUUUCUACGAAGCACGUGAGUGAAGAGGGUGUGUAACCUACGACAAUGUAUUUUAAAAUGAGUAUUGUAAAAUAUUAACUGUUGCAAAGAAUAGAGAUCACCUAUACUCCUUUAGACUGGAUACAUGACAGUGUAAACGCAAUAUCAUAUAACUCUCCUAAGGAAUGCAACUGCGCACAUGCACAAAAAAAGAUGGUUUUUAUAAAAAUGUAUGUAUAAAUAUAUGACAAAAUAUAUUUAAUUAGAAUGCUAUGCACCCUCAUAGAGUUGUUAUGGAUGUUCUUUAAGCAUUAUCUAGUUUAGGCCGACACCCACAUUAUGGGGAAUGUAGAGGCUUUGUAGCUAUGACCAUUUGUUUUCUUUUCUUUUGUAUUGUCCUGGAGAGGAUAAACAAACGUGAAUAUGUAUACAAGCCUUUCGAUCAAACAUGAAGAUAUGUAUAGAUCAUGUUACCCUGUACACCAGCUCUUACCAUUUACAAGACUUAAUAAACAGAAAAGAUGGGACAUAACUUUGUCUGAGUUUCUUUUGUAGUUAAAUGCUUAAUGAUUGUGUGUUUUAAUAUUUUUAAUUGACAAACGUUCUGGGUACUUAUGUUAAUUCAGUUGUGAAUUUAAAUCUAAAACAAAUGUUUAAAUGAUCAAGACUAAUUGAUUUUCAAGACUUGCAAAUUGAUGUUACCAGAUCUAUUGUAUCCAAUGUGCCCUACUUUGUAUGGACAAAAUAUAUGUAUAUAUUUUUUUCUGAAUGUGCAAGACAAUAACAAUGGGGAUAUACAGAUGUAAUUACAGUAAAUUACAUUUAAUUAUACAUAAUGGUAUUAUAAAGUUUUAAU